AUGUCGCAGACCUACCGUGCCCCCAUCGAGAGUGCCCGACCAGGGGAACGAGAUGGUAUUAUUAAGGAUGAGGAGAGAAGCCACGUUGAAAAUUCCGGUCCCGAAUAUGAAGAUCCAUUUGGGAACGAGGAGUUUGCAGAAGUGAGAUAUCGGACGUUGUAUUGGUGGUAUGAGAGCAUCUACCUAUUGCGACCGACGGAACACUCGCUAACAACCAGAAUCACACAUAGGCAAUGCGGAAUGAUAAUGAUCGCAGAAACCAUCUCACUAGGAAUCUUGUCGCUACCUUCUGCUGUGGCGACUCUCGGGCUUGUCGCGGCGGUUAUUCUGAUCGUUGGACUCGGACUUCUGGCUACUUAUACAGGAUAUGUUAUAGGCCAGUUCAAACUACGAUACCCACAUGUGCACAGCAUGGCAGACGCCGGCGAGGUACUAUUUGGACCUAUUGGACUAGCCCGCGUUGGACGAGAGUUUCUGGGAACUGCGCAGUUACUUUUCCUUGUCUUCAUUAUGGGAAGCCAUCUUCUCACGUUCACCGUCAUGAUGAAUACUCUGACAAAUCACGGCACCUGCUCUAUUGUUUUUGGAGUUGUUGGGUUGGUCGUGUCUUUCGUCUUCGCCCUCCCAAGAACCUUGAGAAAAGUCUCCUGGUUUUCGUUCGCAUCCUUUGCCAGUAUCUUAGCUGCGGUGCUCAUAACGAUGAUUGCGAUCGCUAUACAACGCCCCGGAAACGGCAAGGUGGACGCGACAACGAAGACAAGUGUUGCCAAUGGAUUCCUAGCUGUGACAAACAUUGUAUUUGCAUACGCGGGCCAUGUCGCUUUCUUCGGUUUCAUUUCAGAGAUGCAAACACCGACAGACUACCCAAAAACUUUGCUCCUUCUCCAAGGAACCGAUACAUGUAUGUACGUCGUGGCGGCAGUAGUCAUUUAUUAUUAUGGGGGCAAGGAAGUCAAAUCCCCUGCCCUGAGCUCAACCUCUCCCAUCACGGCAAAGAUUGCGUAUGGAAUCGCAAUCCCGACGAUUGUGAUCGCUGGUGUGAUCAAUGGACAUGUUGCAGCCAAGUACAUCUAUGUCCGUCUGUUCCGUGGCACCAAUCGCAUGCAAAAGAGAAGCGUGCUCUCCAUCGGAACAUGGGUAGGAAUUACAUUAACCCUGUGGAUAAUCGCAUGGGUCAUCGCAGAGGCAAUUCCAGUUUUCAACGAUUUGCUUAGUUUGAUUACGGCUCUGUUUGCAAGCUGGUUUACAUACGGGCUUAGUGGGAUCUUCUGGUUGUUUUUGAACUGGGGAAAGUAUGGUAGGUCCUGGCGGAAGAUGUUCCUCACUGGCGUUAACUUGAUUAUCGUCGUGAUUGGGGGUUGUCUGUGUGGUAUGGGUCUAUGGGUCUCCGGAAAAGCCAUCCACGAUAACUCUAGCAAGGCCAGCUUCUCGUGCAAUGCCAACACCUAA